ACGUUCUUUCCACUUUGUAGUUGUAAAGAACACGUCAGUGAAAAUGGUUGAAAGAUCUCCCUCAUCAACAAACGUAGGAGCUGGAAGGGCGCCUUCGAAGGCCGUUGCUUCGCGAGGUUCUGGUGGUCAAGUAAGACAAAGAAAAGGUGGAGCCUCAUCGUCAACAAGAGCUGUUCGACCAGCCACUGCUGGCAGUAGUGGUAUGUGGAGAUUUUACACAGAAGAUUCACCUGGUCUAAAAGUAGGACCAGUUCCUGUAUUAGUCAUGAGUUUGCUAUUUAUUGCUUCUGUAUUUAUGCUUCAUAUCUGGGGCAAAUACACUAGAGGAUAAGCCAAACAAAUUCUUCAAAUAAUACUAUUCAACACAACAUCAUGACAGUAUACCAUCACAUCAACAUUUGUAGGAUAUUAUCAAUUUUCUCAAGACGUUCUACUGCUUGACAGAAAUUUUGUAACUAUACUGAAAACAACUUCUCAACGGACAUUUUACCAGUUUUAUUGUGAAAUUAUGUAAUAAUUACAUGAAUGUAAAUCAAAUAAAUAUAUCUGGUUGUUAUUAUAAGUUUUUGUUUAGUA